GGCUGAAAUCUAGCUAAUAUGUAGCCAAACUGGCAACACUAGACCGCGCACGUGUAAACUGAUGACACCGGGAGGAAAUCGCGUUAGCGUUUGAAAGCGAAAAUGGGAGAUGCCAUAGAGGCAUUGUUUAUCAGCACGGGCAGCGAGGAUAACACAACAUGCAGCGUGCAGGACCUGCGCACAGGCACCGACCUGAUGCGCUACAAGGGCGGUGGAGUUGCCCAGCACCACGGCCUAGCAAUGAUCGACCUUCACUACGUCUUCGCUGCGAACUCGACGAAGCCCCUGCUUCACGUCUGGCCAAUCAACAAGCAGGAGCAGAUGGCCGGUCUAAGGUUCGUGUUGCCCGGCAAGGUCAACGCCCUGGCCCUGACGCCCGACGGGAACUUUCUGGUAGCCGGCAUCCAAGAGAACAUCUACCUUUGGCACAUGAACUCCGGUCGCAUGCUGAACACAUUGUCAAAGCACUACCAGGCGGUCACAUGCCUUCGCUUUACGGACAACGGAGAGCACUUUAUUAGCGGCGGAAAGGAUGGAGCCGUGCUCGUCUGGGACCUGACCUUCUCGGCCGCGCCCUUGGAUACCGGUGGCGGCAAGGACAGCACCGAGCCGCUGUACAGCUUUAACGAUCAUGGCCUGGCGGUCACAGAUCUGUACUCGGGCAUCGGCGGCAUCCGCUCUUACCUGUACACCGUGUCGCUCGAUCGCUGCUGCAAGGUGUACGACCUUUGUGGUGGUAUCCUGCUACUCAGCGUUGUGUUUCCAGUGGCCCUGCACAGUGUAAUCGUCAACAAGAUGGAAACCAAGGUGUACGUGGGCUCCGGCGACGGCAAGGUAUUUGCUUUCCACAUGGAGAAGGCGCCGCGGAUGAAGGAAUACCACUUGGAGGAGGAGGAGAUUCAGGCCUUCGUGGGCCACACUGCCGGCAAAGCUAUCACUUGUUUGGCUAUAAACAUGAGCGCCACUUCGCUGGUUUCCGGCGGCGAGGAUAACCAGGUGUGUGUCUGGGACGUGGACAGUCGCCAACUGAUCAAGAGCCUGCCUCUAAACGGCUCGGUGACAAACCUGCGCGUUCGGCUGCUCAGCCCGGCCGUUUUUCUACCGGAGCACAAGCAGCCACAAUUAUUCGCAGACAGCUUGAAGCGGAUGAUCACACCUCGGGACGUAAACGAUGGCGUCAUGCUUUUGAUUGAUCAAGAUUAUUCGAAAGGACGAAAGACACCGGAGGUGGACUAUACCCAAAGUUAUCCGGGCACUGAUGAGGAGAUACUACGCAAACUUAUAGCGUCAAUGAGUGCGGGGAAGGAUGUGGAUGAAGCAGACGAAGCCGACUCUGAUGUGGAAGAAGAUGAAUCUGUAUCGGAUGAAGCUAAAUCCGAUGUGGAAGAAACAGAUAAAGUUUCUUCAGAGGAAUUUGAGGCUAUGUCAGAAGACGACGACGGUGGUGAUGAUGAGGAUGAUGAUAAUGAUGACAUGCCCCAAACAUCCAAGACAAAUGGUAUUGAUGUGCAAGAGCUGCUGGCGGAGAAUGCCCGGCUUAAGGCAGAGUCCAAACGGAUGUUUGACAUAAUGUUCAGGUUCGUCUCCAACGGUGCCUCUGUCCAGGCGGAUGCCACGGGAAAGUCAAAGCGGAAAAGGCCGCACCAGAAGUGAUAAGUCUUUAAGCUGCCUUCAAUUAAGUUUACUUAGGUUAGAUCAACAACAAAGGCAAUAGAAUUUAGGUAAGACAAAAAGUGUAGAGAAAGGAUAAACAACAAUAAAAGCAAUAGAAUUUAGGUAA